AUGCCGCGAGACGGCUCGCGUGGGCGAUUGCGAUCGUAUGAAGCCUGUCUAAAUUGUCGACGAAAGAAAACACGAUGUCCAGCAGAGAGGCCUGUGUGUUCAAGUUGUGCUCGUCUCAAUCAGACAUGUCUCUAUACAUCUGGUCGGAGAGCAUCGCACCAAUCGGAGGACCGACUAGCAUCACUGGAAGAAAAGGUUGAUUUUAUCAUGAAAGGGUCUAAACCCUGCGAUGAAGAUCCAUCUCCCGCAAAAUCGUCAUCGAAUUCACUUCCCAGCGAGUCGAACUAUGCCCUCAAUAAUCUGCUUGCCCCAGAGCUUGGUUUCGAAGGCCCCGAAGACUCCAGUCUGCAUAUAUCAUCGCCUACCGUCGCCAAAGCAGUAGAUCUCUACUUCCAAUACUGCCAUCGACAGCCUAUCUGGUGUUUCAAUUACGAAGAUCUUGAGGACAUGGGAUUUCUGCCAAAGGAGCUUGUCUAUAGUAUCCUCACGCUGACGUCCCGUUUCUGCGUCGCCCACGACCAGUCACAGUUCUACAGCAACACGGCGAGAACAUUGAUCAUGCUUCGUGUCGCAAGUGGCACUGUAGACCUUGAGACCAUCGAGAGUCUGUGUCUGCUCACAUAUUCACUCUUCAUGGACGGAAAUGUGUCUCUGGGCCAGUUUCACUUGGGAUUCGCGUUCCAGCUUUGUCUCACAGCCAUGAUUGAUGUUGAAGCCGCUGCUCCAGCUAAGAGUCCUCUGGCUCAACGGAAGAAAAGAGUCUUCUGGGGCCUUUUAUCACUGGAACGGUCGUACGGCCACCAGAACAGGCUGUUCAGACUCUCCGCUGAACCAUUGUGUCCCUGCUGCAUCCCAAACAAGACAGAAGACGACGAAACCAUGAGCUGCUCAGACCCCGAAAUCGACAUAUGGAGUCUAUCCUCUCACUUCGGCUGGGUCUGGAGCAGAGUGCGAACCUACGUUUCUGACUGUGCCCAUAACAGCCUCAAAGAACCCUGGCGUCACGACUCCAUGUACACAAUGAUCCUCUCCGACCUUACCUCCGCCGAGAACAAGCUCUCCCAAAACCACCGCUACGACUCGGUCAAAUUCUACGAACGCACAGCAUCCGAAGUCCGUCUGAACAAAAGUUACUGGGGUCCCUGGCUGAAACUACAGUUCACAUACCACUGUAUCCUGACCAUGCUCAACCACCCGUUUCUCUACAUCGUCGCGUCCCAGCAUAACCCAAACCUAGCUAUUCCGAAUGCAUUUUGGAGAAGGUCGAGCGAGCUGGCGUUGUUGCAUGCUACCUGGAUCGUGAGGAUUGUUGAUAUGGUGACGGAGAAGGAGAUGAGGCUUACGGAGGCUUUCUUUGGGCAUGCGGCUGCUGUUGCUGCUACGGUGCAUCUUUAUUAUUGUCGGGCGGCGGAUCCGAGGUUGAAGUUCAAGUCGAAGACGGAUCUGGCGAAGUGUAGGAGGUUUUUGGAGGGGUUUGUGGAGUUUUCGCCUGCUUGUCGGGCAUUGGAUCAAACGCUGGAAAAGAUAAUACAUAUAGCAUUUGGUUCCGAGAAUGUUGAUUACGACUGGACUCCCUCCCGAAUUUACCUCAGCGUUAGUCUAAUGUGGGACAUCCUACGAGCAAACUGUACCCCGGAGACGCAAGAACCAUCUACAACCGGCCUUCUUCAUCCAUCCCUCACACCCACAAUCACACGCGAAAGCUCAGCACAAAGCUCAUCCACUCUCGAGAUCAUCGUCGCCAUGUCCCCAGAAGUCACCGUGAAUACCGCAGAUGGGGGACAAGCGGCGCACAUGCCUCCAAGGGUGCGAAAUACAACAGCAACAAUAACGGCUCCGGCACCAUCAUCUCCGGACAUUGAUCUUAGGGGAGAGAGAUUGAUCGUGCCGAGUGAUAAUCUUAUGCUGAAUACGCCGUGGUUGUGGACUGAUCCGAGUCAGUUUGGGGAUGUGGAUGGGGUGAAUCGGCAGGAGUUGGAGAAUAGUAUGGAUGGGUUGUUUACGUGGUGGGAUUUGGGGAAUUUAUAG